UAAUAUAAUAUUUAUGUAGUGAUAUAUUACGUAAUGAAUAAUAUAAAAUUUUUUGUAAUUUUGUAUUUUUAUAAAUAUUGUUUGUGUAAUAAAAAAGUUUCUUCAUUAAAUUUAAAAUUAUUAUUAUUAUAGAAAUAAGGACUUCACACAUUUCACUCAUUUUGGGCGCAGAGUUUCUCUAGAAAAUUUUAUAUAUUUAAAAAUAAAAUUAAAAAAAAACCAAAAUAAUGGUAAACCAUAGUUUUAUUUUUAAAAAACCACGUGAUUUAAACCGUGGUUUAAAUUGUGGUUUAAACCAUUUGGUUUAAACCAUGCCAACCAUGCAAAAAAUUAUUGCAAAUUUUAAAACGAUAUUAUAAAAACUAGCGAAUAACAGUUUGAAUGCAAGUGUUGUUAACUUUGACGGUAAAAGUGCAUGACGCUAUCGUACAUUGAAAAUAUUAGUGAGGAUAUUAGCUACAGUUUAAAUAAAUAUUGUCUGGAUACACUUUUACUGUCCCGGAAAAAUUGGGUAGAUUGAUAAGAAAAGCAAAACAAGAUGCAUUAAACAUUUUAGAAAAGAACAAAGAUUGUAUACAGUAUAGAGUGCGCCGAUUGCAAUGCUUUGUACAUUGUGCAAACUAAACGCCAUUUAGAAACACGCGUCAAAGAACGCAGAAAUAAUGUUGAAAAGUAUGAAAGCGGCCACUCUGUCGUACACAAACACCGAGUAAUCGUGAAUUUAAUUGGUCGGCACAAAUUUUAUAUGAUAAAAAGAACAGGGCAAAAGAGAGUCUGUGGAAACGUUUUUUAUAACAAAAAAAAACCACAAUAACACAAUUAACCUACAAAAAGACACUGAAAAUUUAAAUCUGAUUUAUAACGUGUGCUUAAUGUUCUUCCUAAUCUCUCGUUUCUUUUUUCGUUUUAUCAAGAUGUACGUGCUUUUGACAAUCGUUGACUUAUCUUAUUAAUUUUAAAUACUUAAAUAUCAAAUUUUGCUGCUUUAUGCAUACACUGUUGGUAAUGGAAACACGUAAGCCCAGUAGAUAUUUUGUGUUUUGUUCUUCUUCUCAUUUAUUUCAAAGUUUCUUUUUCUUUUUAGUACUGAAUUGAUGAAAUCUUUAGAAAGAACUCACGGAUGGUCGUGUGUUUCCAUAAUAAAUGUUUCGCAUUAAUAUUAAUGUUUCAACCGACUCACUUGAAAAGAACCUAAACCUAAGGUCGAAACGUUGUGAAUAAAUUUAAUUGUUAAACACAAUUCUUGAUUAAAUUCUAAUUAUUUAUUAUUAUAAAAACUGUUAUAUCAUUUGAUACAAUAGAAAACGUUUUCUAAUAAAAAUAACAGUAUAUAUUUAUAUUUCCAAAGUUUCUUUCUCUGCAGAGAAAGGAGUACAAUCUUAUAUAAGGAGUACAAUCUUAUAUAAGGAGUACAAUCAAAGUGACAUUAGCGAUCCUCUGUUGCAACAGCCUCAUCAUUUAUUUUUCAAAUAAUCAAUCCAGUACGAUUCAUAUUUUGACGGAAGAAAUGUUUCAUUAAUGAACUAAUGAAUAUUUCAUAUACAUUAUUUUUGUGCUCUGCUGCGCUUCUGGAUUUAGAUAGAUAUGACGUAAACUUUUGUUCCCUGUAACUACUUACUUUUAUUCGCCGAUACGUAUGGCGAUACGAGAGUUGCGAAAUAUGGCAUCGAUUGAGGCGGAAUUGUUCGCGAGCGUGUGCAGUUAUUGAGAUAAAUUAGUAUAAUACGCCGCUAAGGUUGCAGCAAUAAAACGUCAUUUCUUUUCUCGAGAUCUCGGAUCAAGGUUUCCUCAAUCAUUAUGCUUCUGCGCAUUCACUACGUACGAGUAAUUUACCGAAUGAUUUUGACUUUUUGCGUUGGGUUUCUUAAAUAAUACUUUCUCUCUCUCUCUCCUUCUCCGUCUUUUUUUUUUUGUAAAGAACUCAAUUUUAUCGGUGCGCUUUCAUUUAUAUCUGAAGCUGCACUUAUGUGCAAUCUAAAGCGAACUGAUUACUGUCAUUGCUGACGAAAAUAAACGGUGGUAAAAAGUUGACGAUAAAAAUAACUCACGAACUAUACAUUUCCUCGCAGACCGCCCGUUUUCCAUAUUAUAAUUAGCAUCGGCGGCUGCACCCUUCACUUAUACUCAUGUCGUAUAUGCAAAUAUUUGUACGGCGUAAAGACAAUGCAUUUCUAUGCAUAUCCAAGCUCGAGCAUCCAAAUAUGCGACCUUAUAUCAUUCAAACAAUAGAAUCGUCCGGCGAAGUCGUUAGUGAACGCAAAACAAUAGAUCUGUUCGUUUUACUUGUGUUUCUCUACCCGAUGUACUUUUCCUCUCCCUUCUAUAUUUAGAACAUUAAUCAAGUUCAAAUAAUAACAAAAAUGAAAUGCUUUUAAAUUUGGUACGUCUCUCUGAAUAGAACUUCACAAAUGGUCUCUCCACUCUUUUCGAAAAGAAAAAAAUUAAUUACUUUAUAAAAGUACUAAAAAAUACUAACGUGCGCAUUCAUGCAGAGUUUGAAACGUUACUUCAUAAAAGUAACACGUUAUGGUUACUAUUACUUUUUGUAAAAUGUAACUCGUUACUGUUAUACGUAGUAACGAUCUGUCACUUUGUUUGUUACUCUUUUGAAAUGUUAAAAAAUAAGAUAUUAGAUUUUUUUAAAUUCUAUUAUUUAAUAAUCUAUAUUAAAUGUAAUCAUCAAUACAUUAAAAUUUUAAACUUUAAACUAGAUUUUAUAUAAUAAAGUUUUUUUUUGUUUAUAUUAAACUUAUCUGUUAAAUCUUCUCGGUACGUGACCUGAAUAAGGUCCAAUUAAUUUAUUUUUUAAAAACUUUAUUUUACGGAAAUCAAAAUAAACUCUUUAUUACAAUUAUAAAAAUAUAAUAUAAUUUCUACCUAAAUAUUGGUAAAUAAACAAAAAAAUUUGUUCACACAUUUUUGUAAACAGACAUUGGGUCUUAUUUUACAUGCUUAUAAAUAUAAUAAAAUUCGAAUAAAAAUCAAAUUGAAAAUAAUAAAGAAACUAAACAUUAUCUUCUAAAUCAGUUAUAAAAUAAAUAUUAACAAAAAACGAAAUUCUCUAAGGUUUACUGUGUUGUUAAACAUCAAAAUAAUCUUUAAUCUGAUUUUUAAUUAAUCUUCUAAUUUUGAAAAUUUUUAGCUAUUUGGAUACAAUUGUUUUAAUCUUGCAAAAGUUAACUACAUUGAAAUCCUUAUCUUUUGGUGUAAACUGGACUCACAAUAGAGUCCGAUGGAAAAUUCGGUUUCGGUUUCGGUUACGGCCAAUUUCGGCUAAAAAUUGAUGUUUCGGUUAGAGUUCGGUUUCAACCGAGAUUGCAAAGGAAUUUCGGGAAAACUGAUCCAGUUUUGACUUGCAACACCUUGCAAUACUGAGUGAAAUAAAAUUUACAAUACAAAACAAUUAUUACUUAAAAUUUAUCAAUUAUAAAGUCUAUUACCGAUAUAAACCUUGUUGGAGCGUGAGAUAGUAAGAAUAGUGAAAAUCUUCUACAUUAUUUUACAAAUAUAAUUAAUUAAUGAAAACUCUGGCAGUCAGUUUCGAUCCUCUUCAGUGUAACAAUAAUUUAUAUGCGGACUAAAGAAAGAACUCGGAGUAUUAACUUACAAACUAUAAUAACCGCGAGAGAAGACUCAUAUCGGUUAUUGUUUUUAUAACUAAUUUAUUCUUAGCGCAAUAAUUAGCCUUUAUAUUAUUAAUGAAGUAAGGAGGUAACAAUAAAUUGAGCAAUUUUAUCUUAUUAACUAAAAACUCAUUUUAUGUUAAAUGUUUAUUAUAUCCAAUGAUUUUCCGAAGACUUAAAAAUAGUUUUAUUUUAUGUUUUGAAAUCGUGUUGUUAUUGAAAUGAUAUGGUUAUAAUAUUAGGGUAUUAUAUAACAUGCUAUAGAUUGUGAUAAUUGAAUUAUAAUACUAGAAUGGUGAUAAUUUAUAUAAUUAUUUCAAUACUUAAAUUAUGAGAUUUAUAAAAAAAGAAGUAAACGAUAUAUAUAUGUGUGAUAUACAUAUAUGUACGUGGGCAUUGUAUAUGUAUGUAGUUUUUUUAGGAUUUUCAUGAAACUUGCGGUUUUCGGUUUCGGUUUCGACUGCAAUUGACACAUGACCGAAUAUUCGUUUUCGAUUUCGAAAUUAAAGAAGAUUGUUUUGGUCAGACUCUACUUCAUACAAAUAAUAAAGAUCAUAAAGCUGACUAUACAAGUGACUUUAUUUAAUAAGUACGUUAUUACUAAAAAAGUAUACUUAAUAAAAUAUAUAAAUUUUUUUUCUAUAAUUGGAAUGAAUAAUGUUAUAAUAAACUAUGAUGUACUAUAAAAUAGAAUAGUUUAGUUUUCAGUAAAUUUUUGUGAAAACUGCUUGUACACCCACUUUGUCACGACCCAAAUUUCGUGCAAAAGCAAAACAGCGCAAUUUAUUUGUUAGCAACUGUCGCCGUCAUAUUGCCAUGAUGGUGGCAGAAUUAUUUGCUUAAACUUUUGCUUGCACGUUGCCAAAAUAAUAUAAUACUUUUUAUCUUAUUGUCAGAUGUUGCCGCUCAAAAUUGCCGUAAUCAUCCUUUUUCUGCCGCAAUUGUUGGAAAGUUGCUGUAAAGUUGCAAUACUCAGUUUCCGUGUUUUUUUGCUUACAAAAUAUUACAUCAAAUGAGGACUCAUCUUGUCGGCAACUUGCUUGCAACAAGUUUAACAAGUUGCCGGUAAAAUGUCGACGAAAUGUUAAAUGGGAAGUUUUUGUUGCAUUAAACAGAUGGUUUACUUCUAAGUUCUAAUUCCCUAGCCUCCCUUUACCUACUUUCCGUAGUGUGCAAAAUGCGUUUUUAUGUGAGCGUUUUUAAAUUCAAAAGCGAGUCUUAUUUGGCUCAGGUACUAUAAUUCUUUAUAUUAACAUCUUUAUUUUUUAGUAUAUUUAUCUUUAUAGAAAAAAUUGAUAGAAUUCAUAGAAUAGGCAAUUCAUGAAAGCAGAUUUUAUCCAAAAUUCAUUAUUUUUAAAUUAUUAUUAAUAAUGUUACAAGUAUAUCAUUUCUCGCCAGAACCAAAAAAUCUUUAGCUUUACGUUAUAUGUAUAUUAUAGACUUUCCCGUACCAAUGGGCAUUGACUAUCGGAGGCUAAAUAUAAAAUACAAAAUAUUUUUUAACAUUCGAAGUAUGUUAUAAAAUAUAAAAAUAACAAAACUUAUAUAAUUGCAUUUGCUGCACGUAGCCUUUGAUCUGGUACGCAGAUUACGGUUUAUGUAUAUCUGCGCACUAAAAAGCUGCGCGAAUUUAUUGAAUUUAUUGAAAAAGGUACAAAAAUAAUAAAGAACUAACACAUAAUGGUAAAAAAAAAUUGAAUUUAUUACUGUAGUAUAACGAUGUUACUAUUACAGGCUGAAAAGAGUAACGAUUUUCACCGAAAAAAAGAGUAGCGAUAACGAUUGAAAGUUAGAAGUAGCACUCUAUGUUUUCCAACCGUGCAUACAAGCACGUGUACGCGUAUAAUGAACAGCGUAUUUCGCGUAUGCAUAAAGAAGGUUAAUUACACGGAAACAUAUGAGAUAUUGUUAUAUUAACUCACUUUACAUUACGUUAUGUCGCACUUUGUAUGUUUUCACAUGAAAUUACUCAAAUAAUUGCGAGCGUUAAAAUCAAAGGUCAUGCAGUUGCUUUACCCAAGAGUAGGAGUGUAGAAUAGGAAUUGGACAUACCUCUUGUACGUCCAAUUGAUUUUACAUAUAAAUCAUUUACACAACUUAUGUUGUUAUUUCGCAUGUACAUCUCAUGUUUCACUUUACCUUAUCUGAAAGUAAACGCGGAUGCUUCGAGUCAAAGGUUAAAUUAUCAAUAUCCCGCUUUGGUAUCCCUUUCUUUAUGCAUUGCUAUACACGGCGAAGGGCGGCACUAGACGAGAAAGCAAGAGAGAGGUAAAGAGAAAGAGAAAGAGAGAGAACGAGAGAGUUCGAGGGGGAGAGAAACGCGGCGCCGUAGCGAACGUCGCGACGCUCAGUCUACCGGCGUCGUCCGAACAUGUACGAUCCGUCAAGGCGUUACUACUCUCCGCUACUCGAAAUCGCCGCCACCGACGACGACGACGACGACGACGACGGUCUCGUCGCGACCUUGCCCGCGAAAGAUCGAUCCGACAGCAUGUCGCGGAUUAGAGCGGAACACCGGUGUCCUAGAACCGGUCCUGCCAACGUUUCUCCAACUAACAGUGCAGUUUAAAGAAUUGUGGUUUAAAGAAUUUAUAUCAUAUAUAAAUACAAUAUAUCGCUCCUUCAUUGUUUACGGAAGACUUUGAAGAAAUACUCAACAGGCACUGAACUUCAUUCGACAUUGAAAGCUCAGUAGUAACAAGUAGCAGCAUACAAGUGAUACUCGAUAGUGUUCAGUAGAAAAAUAAAAAGAAUAUAUGUAUAACAAGUUAUUUCAAAUGCAGAUAAUGUUCACCAUCGAACAAACAAUAAAGAUCAAAUUUACAAAGUACAAAGACUGUCACGAACAACGUAAGAAUUAGAGAGAGAUUUGCUUUAAAUGAAAAUAUACAAAAUUACGUCGCCACUUAAAAUAAGUGUAAAUCACUAUUACUAUGGAAAGUGAUUGUGAUAACUGGAAAACUACAGUGAACAGACACGUAGAUUGGAAAUAAUAAGUGUUACUUUCGUGUACAAUACAAAAAUCUAGCUCGUUUCAAAGAUGAGAUAUUUAAUUAGCCAUCAUAACGCCAUGAUCCAAAGACGGCUAUAAAAAUCGACGCAAGUGUCGAUAAACCUUAAUAAAUAAAACGCUUAAUAUGACAUUGCAACUUCCGAUCUGGAAUGGAAGUCAGUGAGCCUCCGGAUGAGGAGGUCUACCGCCCAAUAUUCAAGCUCAAUCUUUCUUCAAGCCUCGAGAAUGUUCCUCUUUUUCAAAACGACCUGAGCGUUAGCGCCGAAUCAGGAAACGUCAGCUUAAUCGCUCUUAAAGGCAUCAUAAUGGUCAGCAUCAUCGUCACCGCUUUAUUAGGCAAUGCUCUGGUGAUUGCCAGCGUUAGAAGACACCGGAAGUUACGGGUGCCCACCAAUCGCUACGUAGUUUCUUUAGCAAUGGCGGAUCUCCUGGUGGCGGUGUGCGCCAUGACGUUCAACGCUUCCGUCGAGCUUUCCGGUGGUAAAUGGCUUCUAGGAAGCAUCAUGUGUGACGUGUGGAACUCGAUGGACGUCUAUUUCAGCACCGCCAGCAUCCUCCAUCUAUGUUGUAUCAGCGUCGAUAGGUAUUACGCGAUAGUGAGACCGUUGGAGUACCCAGCCAUUAUGAGGACUGUAACAGUUACUGCCAUGCUGAGUAGUGCCUGGACUCUGCCGGCUCUGAUUAGCUUUAUACCUAUCUUUAUGGGCUGGUACACCACGCAGCAACACUUGGAUUUCCGUCGCAAGAAUCCGCAGAUUUGCAUGUUCGUGGUGAACCUCCCGUAUGCGCUGAUCAGUUCCUGCGUGUCAUUCUGGAUCCCGGGCGUCGUGAUGAUCAUCAUGUAUUGCAAGAUCUACAAGGAGGCAAUCAGACAGAGAGCUGCUCUCAGUAGGGCAUCCAGCAGCACGGUGUUAAACAACGCUCACAUGCGCCGCUCCUCCGGCGGCUCCAGAAAUCCCUCUAGGACUUCGCAUCAGCUGCUGCUCCAUCCGAGCGACGCCAGCGAUUAUGGAAGACCGCUUUCUUAUAGAGCUUCAGCGGCGGAGCUCAACAUCGAGAACGGCACUUCGAUACGACAGCAAACGAAAAGUUGGCGAGCCGAACACAAAGCUGCGAGAACACUCGGUAUAAUUAUGGGGGCGUUUCUUCUCUGUUGGCUGCCAUUCUUCCUAUGGUAUCUGACGACGUCAUUAUGCGGCGAGGCCUGUUAUUUUCCGGACACGGUGGUAUCGGUGCUUUUCUGGAUAGGUUACUUCAACAGCGCCCUGAAUCCACUCAUCUAUGCGUAUUUCAACCGCGACUUCCGUGACGCCUUCAAGGAUACCUUAAAGAGCGCCUUGCCCUGCUGCGCCAACUGCUGGAAGACACCCUCGCAGUUCGUGUAGUUCGACACACGCAGUUCGAGUCCGAAAAAUUCGCCCCUGAAAGGCGAGUUCAAAGCUCCUUUUUUUUCCUCAACAGGUUUCCAGCCAAAACGAAUUCGAGCCGCUUCGUAACAGCGAUUUUUGGACGCCAAUCGACGCUGUUUGCAAUUAACCCUUAUUGCGCGGAUAUAUUGACUUCGCCCGUCGCUUUUCCGUUAUUCGCAACUUGAUACCUAUGGCCAUUACACUGUAAUUGUCAAUCAUCAUGUAAUGCGCACUUUGUAAAUUGCAUUCCUUCAAUCUGACCAACACAUGUAACAAUUUUUCACUAAAAUAUGUGACAUAGAUAUUAUUAUUUUUAAAGUUUUAAAUAAUUCAAUAAACAAACAAAAAACAAAAUAAAAUACGCGCAACAAAUAGACUUCAGAAGCUUUAAUCUAGGAAAAAAUUAUAUAUUACAUUAAAUUUCAUAUCAUAUGUAUUUUAAAAGUAUUUUCUCUUUUUAAUACCUUGUGAAAAUUGAUUGGCUUAGAUCGUUUUAAUUUUAUAAUUUAUCGGCUUUUGAAUCUCAAUAAUUACAUUUAACAACAUUCAAAAGAAUUCUAAAAACUUUUAUGAUUUAACGUGGUUUUUAAAUCUGAAUAUAAGCAAUUUAACAAUAUUGAAAGAAAAUAAACAUAUGAUAGAUAUCAUUCUUAAAUUAAAACCAUUACACCGUGUACAUUAAAACCGAAUUGAAGUUUGCGUUAAAUGAUAAAGGGUUAAUCGCAAAUCGGCGGUUCUUAAAGUGCGAGUUCCUAUCAGAUACUACCACAGUCAUUGUUCGAUGGUGCGACGAUCGGCGCGUAAUUGCCUUCCACGUAAUCGCAUCCCGAAAUACAUCCGGUAAUGUGUAAUCCACGCUAUCAUAUCGCCUCGGGAGGCGCGCGACAAACGCUUUCGAGAGAUUCAAGAUCGAAAUUAAUGCUUUCCAAGAGCGGAGCCGUUAAAACGGGUAUUAGCGAAUAUAAUCGACGUCAUUAGUGAACGAUGGUCGAUGCUUCGGAUCAGAUCGGUUGCGAGGCUGAAAUCCGGAUUUUUCUUUCGGCGUCGAUGAGAAGAAAUCCAUUAAAAUGUCAUAAAAUUAAGAGGACUUUUAGAAAAUUUACAGCAGCGAUUAUUCGUUUGUGAAUACUUGAGGAAAAUUAAUGAAAGUGGAACAGUGGAAUCCAUAUGGAAAUCGUAUAUUGAAUAUUUUUUUAAAAUAUGCAAUAAUUUUCUUCGUCCGCGACGAAAAUUCGUGCAAGAGCACGAGACGUCGCGGAAAGCGGCAGCAACAGUUAAAAUAUUCGCGCGAGGAUAGCGACGCACGCCGGAAAUUACACGGAAUGCGGAUAUAUACGUGCAAGGCACGAGGGGAUGAAAGAGGAGUUAAUCUGUGUUUACUCUGUACAUACGUCGAGACGGCCGGCUAGCGCUAAUUAGAUGUAAUUAUUAGCGCGCCGGCAUAUACAAGGCUGUAUACCAUACGUAUAACACGAGACACUUAUUAACGUGGUGAGGCCGUGUGUAACAUUAUCGUAAUCAUGAAACAAUAACGCCGCGAUGGGUCAGCACGCAGCGGGAUAAGGAGACAUCCAUCGCGUGCGCCAUUUUGCCUGUAUAAAUGUACCAUACUAGCAAUAAUCGAAGGCGGAAUUGUAAAUAUAUAAUAACGGGAGAGUGAGUGGCUUGUCGUUUUUGUAAGUAUAACAAAUAUAACAUGUAUCGGCGUCGAGUUCUGUGUGUUUUACGUGUCGCUUGCAUGUACACGAUAGGAAAUUUGAGCCGAGAAUACCGUAGGGUGACAUAAUUAAAUAGACAGUUCAUUGUUCAAAUAUAUACUUUUAUUUCUUCGAAUAAUAAGAAGAUUGAAUAUUUAUUUAAUUCGAGAGAGAAAGAGAGAGAGAAAGAGAGAAAGAGUGUGUGUGUGUGUGAGACCUCUGCUAAAUUAUAUUAAACUAAAUUGUAUAACGCGUGGUGUCUCAUAUCACAACCGCGCGUGCUUAUUCUUCAAAGAAGUAAAGAUAUAUAUUUAGGUGAAAGGUAGCUUACUUAUGUCAUCCUAGUAUAUAUGUACCUGUAGAGGUAUUCCGUAUUUUGUUAGAGUACUCUCUUGCGUCAGUAUCUUAAAACAUUGGAAAAUAUCGCUUGCAAUAACACUACAGCAACAAAUAUUGAUGUAACUCCGUAUAUGUCAGGUAAUCGAAAAAAUCGUAGAUAUCUUACCAACUUCGUCCCGUAUUCUAUAUAAUAAAAAUAAAGAGAGUACACACCUGUAAAAUAAUAAAAGUGAAGAAAAAGGCUCGACUUUCAUAAAAUCGAAGUAUAACGAACUGGAAGCCAAUUACAUUGAAAAUAACAAUUUCAGUUAACGUAUUGAAGAACGGAAAAAAGGGAAGAAAAAAAAUCUGAAGAACAAUAGCCGGUCUAUAUUUAGACCGCGAUUUGAAUGGAAUUGUUAUUUUUCAUGACGGCUCUCUUUUAAUUCGAUAUAUUUCAACUUUAUUACUUUAUUACAGUCUGACUCUGCGCGUGAUAUUAUUUUCAAUAAGAUAUCGACAGACGUCGCAAUAUUAACGCAGUACGGAAUACCUUUUCUGCAUCAAUGUGACGGUCUAUUUAAUCGACCGUCUUCACUUGCUUCUGGAUAAUUAUUCCAGAGAGAGAGAGAGGGAGAGUGCGUGAGUGAGACAGAAUGAGUGAAAGAGAGAAAGAGAAAAAAGAAAGAGAGAAAGGGAGACUAUGUUAACGUGCGCAGUUACGCGGACCGUCCGAGUAAAGACACUAAUUAGCAUAAUUCCCCGUUAGGCACGGCUUUUCCGUGUGUCCUUUCUGACAAAUCAUCUUUUUUACGUUCCCUUAAUGAAACUCGCCGUGAAAAUCAAGUCGCUCUACAGUAGCUUUAUCGCAGAUCCUUUAAAAAUUCGCCAUCGAAUUCGUCUCGCCGUUCGUAAACGCGCCAAUGUCAAAAAGACGAAGCUCGACGAUCGGCGCGAGCCAUCGGCAAUGGGAGAAGAAAAUAUAGCGAAAGAUUACUGAAAGGGAUUAUUACAAAAAAAAAAGUUUGAGAUCACGGAGAUCUUGAAAUACGGGAUUAAAAUACUCGCUGAGAUCUGUGAGCAAAUGCACGAAUUAUGAAAUAAGUAAAAUGAUGAUUUUAAAUUACUCUUUGUUGAGAAAUAUCUUUUGCAGUCCUCUGAAACGGAAUCUGGCGGAAUCCGUGACUGCAAAAGACGGCACGGAUAUCUUCCAUUUUCGGUGAAAUAUUCGUUUACGUACAAAAAGAAUCUUACAAAUCUCACAAUACGUACGGGAAGAAGUCUUACAAAUCUCACAAUACGAAUCGAGAAGAAAAAAAUAAAAUUCUAAAGAAAAAAAAAAAGAAAUAGUUGGAUUAUAUCGGCGCGUUGUACAUAUAUUAUUUAUUUUCUACGAUUUAAUUCCUUUUUACGUGCUUUUCGAUAAAUUUCGGGUUUCAAUAAAAACCAUCGUAAUAUCGCGAAGCCAUGUUUCGCGUAUCUUUGCGCAGCCCGGUAUCGUUCGGACUGCUUUUAUAGCUGACUCGGCAAAACAUCAUCAAGCAGUAUCCCGAUUUAUAUCGAAUCGCUAAUUAAUCCUAUCCGCUACAGUCAGUCGCGAUAAUAACAAUUGCUAUUAUCCCUGGACACGAUUGUUCCGGACGCUGGACGUAUAUAGAUAUAUUGGACCAAAUUGCGCGCGUCGUCAUUUCAGAGUUACUCCAAAAAAAAGGAUUAUUUUGUAGAGAUUGAAGCAAUUAGGAAUAUCAAUAAUAUCACCGUGAGCACACUUUUAUUCCGGAUCGUCAGUUAUACGAAACGGUUUUUAAUUGAUUUAGUCAUUUAUUUGAGCGGUUUUCCUUCACAAAUAUGAAAUGUGUACAUAAUCUCGGAAACGUAAUCGGUAGAUACGUGCAAAGGGAAAGUAAAGAAAAGAACAGGAAAUUGGAAACUGAGGAAAUUAAAAAAUUAUAUAAACUGCUAUUAUACAAACAGAAGAUCUGUGUGCAAUGCAAUAUUAAAUAAAGAUAGCAAUGCUAAUUUGUGCUCUACUUGAACGUUAUUAUAAUUGAUUAAUAAUUGCAGACAAAUUUCAGUUUAAAUAAGUUAAUAUAUUCUUUUAAGAUCCCUUAAAAAUUGUAAUAUUCGCUCAUUAAUUCGGUUUCUUAUUUAUUUUUUUAUUAUUAACAUAAACGAGCUUGUCCGUUUGUUAUAAUAUAUUUUUAAUUUAUAUACCGGCGUUUCUAAUUGCGAGAACAAUUUUUUGAAUGAUCGAGAUAAUAUCAAUUUCUACUGGCGACAAAAACGCAGAUUAUAAUACGCAUCCAACGUGUAUCCAAGUACGAACCUGAGGCGAAUGUGGCGAAUUUUUCUAACGCAAGUGUUCCUUUUUCGACACGUCGACGCGAGUAUUAUUUUUCUAUAUACAUGUUCAUGUCGCGAUUAGUUGUGCCGUCGAAGCGUUUAAAUAUAUUUUAUAUCGGGCUUCCGUUCAAAUAAAUUUCGGCUGGUCGCAAUGUACGAGGGGAGAAAAACAAAAUUUAAAAUUGAUAAGCCGAUUUUCGUGCUUUGAUCUAAAAACGUUGCAUCAACUAAUUAAGAGGAAAAGUGUUCACCAAAUUGAAAUAUCAAAAUAGUAAAAUUAGAUUUCGUAAAAAUAUCAAAACAGCAUCAAAAAAUAAAAUAUUAAAGAGCAAACAUUUAUUAUUUGUUAAACUGAAUUUGCCUUUUUUAAAAAGAUGUAUGAAAAAAAUAAAAUAUAUGGUUAAAAUAAUCGAGUAAUGAUCCAACCAUGGAAAUUGUUCGAUCGUUUUUCCUUUCGCGUGAAAAAAAAUGCAGCGUUAGAUGGAAAAACUCUGGAUUAAUCACACCAAGACGUCUCCCGAGAUGUUUUCUUUUAUCAACGAUAUUCGCAAACAUGCCACAGAAUGGGGGACUCGAUGUACAUUUCGACCAGCGAAAUAAUCAAUCGGUAUCGCUUGUUCCGUGUGAACGCGCAAAUGUAUCCGACAAUCCCGAGGUGAAAAAAAUUUCAUCCCAUUGAAGAAACGGUGGUUUAACUUAAGUCAUGCUGUACACAGGGCCUAAUAAAUCAAGAGUAGCGAUUUAAACAAGGAAUUCUAGCAAUUCACUGCAAUGGCAAUUAUAGGGCGGCGUAGACGUUUUAAAAAGUGUCUAGCGGCAGAUCAGACACACACACACGCAGCAAAUAGAAUUAAGCGCGAAUGUGAGAAUCGCGAUGAAAGGACUGAUAUGUAGAUAUCUAUGUAAAUUGCGAGAACGAGAACAAGAAAUGGGGACGACAGAGUAUGAGAGAAAAAGAGCGGCUAUAAGUGAAUCGAGUCGGAGUAAAAUGGACUCGAUUGAAACAUUUUGCGCGCGUCAUCUAUCGCUAGGCACUGUACACACGUGUAUCAUUUAAUAAUUAAUGCAACAUAUUCCAUACGAGUUUUUAGGAUACGUGCUUCUUUUUACUUCUUUUUACUUCUCUCUACGAAUGAAUCAUAUUAUUUAAUUUUUUUCUACAAGAGACAGCUUUCUUAAGUAUUUUCUUAGAAAAAUCAUUACUGACGAAAAGCGGACGUUUAUCCUUUCUGCCUAGCAUGUAUGUAAUUCCGCGAGUCAAUCUUACUCCAUUCGGUAACAGCUAAUGAGGGAGAAAAUGAGAGAGAGAGAGUGAAUGAGAGAGGGAGAGAGGGAGGGAAAAGACGAGAAAAUAAACGACAUUAUAUUAUGAAAGA